AUGGCGACGCCCACGACGCCGUCCUUGGCUGAGAAGCUUGACAAGAUCAAGUCGCCCGGCCUGCAGAGCCAGAAACGUACCGUUGUUGUGCUUCAGGCCGUCGAGUCGACUUUGAAGGACCAAAACACUGCGCCCACGCCGACCGGAUACUUUGCCGCCCUCCUCGCCCUCCUCCAGAAUGCCAACAGCAGCGGCGCCGUCAACACGGAGCUCGCCACGCCGGCCGUCUACCUGCUCGACGUCGUGACGCCGUACGCCCCCGAGGCGCUGCUGCGCUCCAAGUUCACGCAGAUCCUGACGCUGCUGGCGCCCGUCCUGCUGAUGCCCGACGCCGAGGCCAUCCUGCUGCGCACGUCCAUCGGCUGCCUCGAGAGCCUGCUGCUCGCGCAGGACGCGGCCUCGUGGGAGCUGUCGGUCGCGCAGGUCGGCCCGCGCCGCGCCGUCGCCGGCCUGCUCAACCUCGCCCUCGAGCACCGGCCCAAGAUCCGCAAGCGCGCCCAGGACGCCCUCAAGCGCGUCCUGCGCAACCCGCCCCCGAGCCCGGCCCUCGACCACCCGGCCGCCGACAUGUGCGCCCAGACGGCGCUCAAGAACCUCGAGACCCUCGCCGCGCAGGCCAUCGCCGCCCGCAAAGGCAAAAAGGCGCCUGCCGCGACGCACGACCCCGAGAUCAUCCACGCCCUGCACCUCGUCAAGACGGUGGCCGCUGCCAGUGGCGGCUGGCCCAGCACCAAGAUUGAGUCGCUCUGCGACCUGCUCCUCAACAUUGCCAAGACGGGCAACGAGUACAUGACCAUGGCUUCUUUUGAGAUUUUUGAAAUGAUAUUUGAGGGCAUGAGCGAGGAGGUCUCUUCCGCCAAGCUGCCCCGUCUGAUGGAAAUUAUUUCGGAGUUGCGACCGGCCGCCAACGACACCCAGCUGGUCCCGCCCUGGCUGGCCAUUCUCUCCCGAGGCUACGACGUCUCUGCGCAGCUCGAACCCGAGGACACCUUUCAAAAUGUGCCGGAGCUGUUCAACAUGGUCUCUCAGUUUCUCGAAUCGCAGUCCGAAAAUAUUCGCAUUUCUGCUUCCGAGUGCUUAAUCUCAUUCAUGGCCAACUGCAUCCCUCAGCAAGUGAUUGUUGACCCCUCAAUAUACGACGAAAAGACACUGGAAAAGAUUGCCAAGACGGCCGAGUCUCUUCUCACUGUUCAGUUUCAGGCCGCCUGGCUGCAGACCUUCAAUGUCCUCGCCGCCAUGUUCCUGUCGCUGCGCUGGAGAGCCAACCCAAUCCUCCUGAGCGUCACCAAGACGAUUGGCGAGAUUCGCGAGAACUCGUCUUUCCGCAACAAGAAGGAGGCCGACGAGGUUAUUGGCCAGGCCGUCCGCGCCAUGGGUCCCGAGGCUGUUCUCUCUGUGCUGCCGCUCAAUCUGAUCAAGCCCGUCAAGGGCCAAGCCGGCCGCGCGUGGCUGCUGCCCAUUCUGCGCGAUUACACGAGCAACACCAACCUGAGCCACUUCAAGACUGAAAUGGUUCCCCUGAGCGAAGUCAUGUUCCAGCGCGUUUUGGAGCACGGCGACGCCCCCAAGACUAUGGAGAUCAAGAUUUACGAGACCCUCGUUCAGCAGGUGUGGUCUAUCCUGCCUGGAUACUGUGAUCUACCUCUCGACCUGACCGAGGCUUUCGACCAAGGCUUUGCCGAAAUGAUUGCCAAUCUACUAUACAAGCAGACCGAGCUGCGCCUCGACGUCUGCCGUGCCCUCAAGACGCUCAUCGAGUCCAACCAGGCCAUGUCGACCAUUGCCGAGGAGGAGGACGACUUUCUGCUGCAGGCUCGCGUCAGCAAGGAGACGGCCGGUAACAACCUCACCUACCUCGGCCAGUACGCCGGCAACAUGCUCGCCGUCCUCUUCAACGUAUAUACCCAGACCCUCCCCCAGAGCCGUGGCCCUAUACUGCAGACCGUCAACGCCUUCCUCAGCAUCACGCCCAAGCAGGAGCUCAUGGACACCUUUGACCGCGUGAGCAAGAUGCUCGCCGCGGAGCUCGAGACCCUCGACACGGCCGAAAAGGAAAAGGGCCACCACCACAAGGGCAAGGACCACAUGCCCUCCACCGCGCAGACGCUCAUGGACCUCGUCAUCACCAUGUCCGCCUACCUGCCGCGCGAGAGCUUCGCGACGCUCUUUGAGAUUGCCUCGCUCAUCAUCAACCGCAACGACGAGCCGCAGCUGCAGAAAAAGGCAUACAAGCUGAUUCCGCGCAUGGAGACCUCGGAGCUCGGCAAGGCGGCUCUAGAGGCGCGCAGCACAGAGCUUCAGCAGCUCCUCGUCUCGAGCACCGAAAAGGUAUCAGCGCCGGCCCGCCGCGACCGUCUCGCUGCCAUUACCGCCCUCCUUCCCUACGUCCCCAACACCUCGCUGCACUUUAUCCCCUCGGUUCUCAGCGAGGUGGUCAUCUGCUGCAAGGAGAACAACGAGCGCGCGCGCGAGACGGCCUACGAGCUUCUCGUGCAGAUGGGCCAGCGCAUGGCGUCCGCCGAGAACGCGCCCAUCGACAACGCCAAGGUCCCGCACAUGCCCGCCGACGCGCCCGCCGGCACAGCCAACAUUGAAGAGUUCUUCACUAUGGUGAGCGCCGGCCUGGCCGGCAGCACGCCGCACAUGAUCUCGGCCAGCAUCACCGCCAUCAGCCGGCUGCUGUACGAAUACCGCGGGCUGCUGAGCGAGCAGACGCUGUCGGACCUGGUGCAGACCAUGGACCUCUUCCUCACCUCCAACAACCGCGAGAUCGUCAAGAGCUGCCUGGGCUUCGUCAAGAUUUGCGUCAUCAGCCUGCCCGUCGAGCUCAUGCUGCCCCGCCUCGCCACGCUCGUCCCCAACCUCAUCGUCUGGAGCCACGAGCACAAGGGCCACUUCAAGGCAAAGGUCAAGCACAUCCUCGAGCGCAUGGUCCGUCGCUUCGGCUACGACGCCAUCCACCAGGCCUGCCCCGAGCCCGACCGCAAGCUCAUUGUCAACAUCCGCAAGACGAAAGAGCGCGCCAAGAAGCGAAAGGACGCCGCCCGCGCGGGUGAUGACGACAGUGAUGAGGACGAGGACGAGGAGCAAAACGGCAAGCAGCAGUUUGACACGGAAUACGACCGCGCCAUCUACAGCAGCGAGUCGGAAGGCGAGGAUGACAACGACGACGACGACGACGAGGCCCCCCGGAUCAAGAAGAAGGCGCAAAAGGGCGGCAAGACGUACAUCCUCGAAGACGACGACGAGCCUCUGGACUUGCUCGACAAAAAGGCCCUCGCCAACAUCUCCUCCACCAAGCCCUCCAAGGCGCGCCAGCCGCACAAAAAGUCCAAGGCCAGGUUUGACCUCGACGGCAAGCUCAUCCUCGGCAAGGACGACGAUGGAGAUGAAAACGCAAUGGAGAUUGACCAGCCAGAGACUGGCGGCUCCGGUGUCGGCGCCUACGUCGCCGCCAUCAAGGGCAAGGACGCCGCACGCCGCGGCCGCGGCGGCAAGCUCAAGUUUUCGAACCGUCGCUCACGGGACGACGUCGACGGCGACGACGACGAGGACGGUGGUGUGCAGCUCGAUGAAAAGUCAGCCGCCAUGGUCAAGAAUAGAAUCAGCCCCGGCAAGGGUGAUCGAGGCCGUGGCGGCGGUGGUGGUCGUGGAGGUGGUGGCUUCAGAGGAGGACGCGGUGGACGCGGUGGUGGUGGGAGUGGGCGAUCGGGACGCGGUGGCAUCGCGAAUGGCAGAAGAGGACUGGGCGUGGAGAAGCGUCACGGUCCUGGCCCGACGGGGGCGAAUGGCAUCGCCAAGGGUCGACGAGGAGGCAGGAAUUAA